AAACUCUAGAACUUGUCUUGAAGAUUUAUUACAGCUCUCAGGUUCUCUAUCACCUCAGUAGAAGAAAAUGUCGAUCAUUCCAAUCAACGAUCGCCGGAGUAUCUCUCCCGGCGAUAGAAUCUGGGAGCCAUUCGAACUCAUGAACACCUUCUUCGACUUCCCCUCACCUUCUCUCCUCCUCUCUCGCCACUUCCCCUCACUUUCCCCAUUCUCUUCACCAUCCACCGUCGAAACCCAGCUCAACUGGACGGAGACUCCGACGGCUCACGUUUUCAAAGCGUAUCUUCCUGGAACGACUCAGGACGAAGCGAUCGUGUUCGUGGACGACGAAGGAUACCUCCAGAUCUGCGCGGGAGACAACAAGUUCAUGAGCAGAUUCAAGCUUCCCGACAACGCCCUGAAGGAUCAGGUGACGGCGUGGAUGGAGGAGGAUGGGUUCCUCGUCGUGUUCGUCGCGAAAGAUGGUGCUUUUUCCCAGACGCCACCGGAGAUCGAGGAUAAUCGCAAUGUGAGAGUCGUGGAGAUCACCGGCGAUGAUGAUUAAAUUAAGUCUGGGGACUUUUGAAACCUGUGUACUAAAAUAAACAGAGUAAUCAUGUCUUUAGGUUUGUGAUCGGAAGUCCUUUGUGACCUUGUGUGAUGAAGUCUCUUGUGUUAUAAACCAAACUGUGUCGUUUUACUGAAUUGAAAAAAAAAGUUAUGUAUAAUAGAGAAAAUUUGGAAGGAACAAAUGUCUACCAAAAUAGCUUAUCAGUAAAUAAGAAGUAGCGGAAAAGAACAUUUUGU